UUAAAAUCUGUAUUAUGUUAUAAUGUGCUGGCAGAAAAUUAGCACAUGUUUAAAUGCUCGUGAAACAGAAAUAUACAUUUCACCAGCUGAAAACUUAUCUGUUCAAAUCUAAAACAUAAAUCCGGUGUUAGCCUACUUCUUAAGAACUUUAAACAGUUUAGUUCACUCAAAGUCAUUGAAAAUUUUGCGACUUACUUUCACUUUCGUUUUAGCUAUUUAAAAUAGCUUAGCUACUGAUAUAAAAUUAUAAUGCAACUUAGCUAUAUUUCGUUAUUCCACAAUCAUUAAAUAUCAUCUUGGCAUAAUAUCAUCUUGGAAUUAGCUGCUCAAGUUGACGUGAACUCCGUUAAAUUUGCAUAUAGCACGGGAAAUGACGAUCGCAUCUGUGCUGUUGAGACACAUUUGUGUGUGUGUGUGCGUUUGAAUCAGAUACAUGGCUCUGGUUGAACUGGUUUUUUGAGUACUAUUCAUGUUUUCAGGUGGCUUUAGAUCCAAAAACAAUGUUCAAGGUUGUUCUCUCGGCUGUGAAAGUGGGUCCAUGAACCUCGGCAUUUUAAAGUCAACUUAUUUCUGCUGUGGCACUAGCUUUUGCAAUGCCAACGACGCUCCAGAUCCCAAUGCGAUUGUUGGCAAUGGAAAGACCUGUUACUAUUGUGAUGGAGACAGCUGCUCAAACAUUUUGAGAUGUUCAGGAACCGAAGACCGCUGCAUUACAGCAACAAAGGCUGUCGGAGGCCGGGAUACGGUGGUGAAAGGCUGUGUUUCUAAAGUCAUUUGUGAUUCAAAAACAUUGGCUAACAGCGUUGAGGACGUCUCGUGUUGUAAGGGGAACCUGUGUAACGGUGAUGAAAGUGUCCCUCAGAGCGUCACCCAGAGCUUCAUCCAGAACGAUGACGAAAGUGUCACCCAGAGCUUCAUCCAGAACGUCACCCAGAGCUUCAUCCAGAACGUUGACGAAAGUGUCACCCAGAGCUUCAUCCAGAGCGUCACCCAGAGCUUUGUGUAUGACAGUGCUAAGAUUGUCAAGCCUAAUGAUGCUAAGCGCGCCAUGUACAGCGAUAAUAAGAGUGCCAAGAAGAGCUUCAUGUAUAAUGAUGCCAACAGCGUCUCUCAGAGCUUCCUGUUCCUCUGCUGUUCUCUAUUUUCCUUCAUCCUGUUGCACUGAAGCCGGACGCUCUGCAGCAAGCCACAUUGUUAUGCUGACGUGAUUUCUUUGUUAUAUCAUUUCAUGAAAAUAAGCAUUCUUGUUGUCCCUCCCAAAAAAGCUGGGUUGGACAUUUUGCUAGAUGCAGAUAUGCGGAACCUGUGCAAAAUCCCACUUUAUUCUUGCAGUUUGAGAAAUUAGCGAAUGUAAUGCAAGGAAAUGAUCAAAUAAAAAAAAGUAUUUUACAGUAAUUGUUUAUGAUCGAUACACAAGAACAUCUAGCUAUACGUUUGAUCAGAACAGUGGUUUCUCUCUAUAUGUUAGGAGGCUGGGAGAUGUGACCGAAUACUGAAACACACAACCGAGUUUAUAGUUACAGUGUGUCUCUUUCAUUUGUUCCAUCCAUCCUACUACAAACAUGCAUUUUUAGACUCUUAUGGUUUGUUCCUGCACCAUUCAUGCAAUAAAUGACACAGUCUGUGAUUGGUUGGUUGUACAAGAAGGAAAUUAGAGUU